AGGAUCUCGGAUCUGUAAACUGAACCAACCCACUCAGGCCCAAUAUUAUUUUCAUCACAGCAAGCGAAUCUCAUUCUCAGAAUUCAAAGAAGAGAAGAGAAAUGGCGUCGGUAGUGAGGGGUAUUUUCAAGUCAAUCAGGGAAAAAGGUCUCGGAAAUUUCGCCAGGGAGCUACGUGAAGAAGGAUACUUGAGUUGUCUCACCGAUGGAAAUCUUCUGCAAACCAAGAUCCACAACAUAGGUGCAACACUUGUUGGUGUGGAUAAAUUUGGUAACAAAUACUAUGAGAAGCUAGGCGAUACGCAAUAUGGAAGACACCGGUGGGUGGAGUAUGCACAGAAGGAUCGAUACAAUGCUUCACAAGUUCCACCAGAAUGGCAUGGCUGGCUCCAUCACAUCACUGAUCACACUGGUGAUGAACUGCUACUGCUGAAACCAAAGAGGUAUGGGCUUGAGCACAAGGAGAACUUUUCUGGCGAAGGUGAUGCGUACAUAUAUCACUCCAAAGGCCAUACUUUAAAUCCUGGACAGAGAGACUGGACUAGGUACCAAACUUGGCAACCCACCAAGAAGGAAUAGGUUCCAAUUUUCUUCGGAAAAGCAAUUUCUGCAGCAGCUGGACAAUUAUAUGUAUGUGCUGCAAUGAGUCGUUAAUAAAAAGUCCUUGUAUUGAACUUGUGGUUAUAAGCUUAUGUGUACUAUCAAAUUUCAGGUUGAUACACUUCUGUACAAUUCUCUUAACCUGGAUAUGGUGUCUGGUUUUAAAUUGGUCAAAAAUGUAGCCCUGCAUACUUUAUU